AUGGAUUCAGCUGGGAAAAAUCGUUAUGAACUUUUGUUCAUGGACGAUGAUAUUAGUGAUCCAUUAGAUAAUAUUGUUGCCAAGAAGAAAAAGCAGGUUAAGACUGCUGCUGCUGGUGGCGCUGCAGGCGCAACUGGAGCCGCUGCCAAUGGUGCCAAGACAACAACGAACAAACCAGCCAAUGCUAAUAAUCAAGUGAAGAAAACCAAUCAGGCUGAGAAGGAAAAUAAACCUUUGAAUAAGAAUGAUAAUAAGAAAACCAUGACAGCAGGUGCUGCUGGUGCUGCUACGGCUGAUAGAUUUAAUAAACAAGGUGGGGCUGCUGCUGCUGCUGGUGGCGCCAAUCGUAAACGCAAUAACGGUGAGACACGUGAAGGUGGUCAAGGUGGACAACAACGUAAUGUCAAUUUUAGACAACAGAAUGGUGAAACACGUGAACAACGCAAUAAUCGUCGUAAUACACGUGAAAAUGGUCAAGUUGGAGGAGCUGCUGCCGGCGGUGAACGUCCUCCCUUUAGAGGUGGUGAUCGUGCUGAUCGUCCACCACGUAGUAAUCGUAAUUUUGAAGGCGGUAAUCGUAAACGUGAAUUUGAUCGUCAAUCGGGUUCUGAUAAAACUGGUAAGUAA